GCUAAAUUCAACAUACUAUCAAAGCUACCACCAUCUGGAAACUAUCUCAGGAUUGCUUCAUCCAAACUUCUAGAUCAAUGAGAACAGCAAAAGGCCAAGAAGCUCAGCUCUCUAUUUUAGCUCACUAUGCUAUCCUUAUCUCAACACAGAAGCUGGUAAACAUCAAGGGAGCAAGCGCUGUGCUUGCCUUCUCAAAUCAGGAUGUCAAACUGCUUGGCAAUACACUCUCACCUUCGCUGUCGAUAGUCGCAUCAAAUCAUCUAAUUUAAGCACUUGAGAUUCGCACUCUGUGCUAGUUCAGCGUUUACAACACGGUUUAUGCAGAACCUUGAUAACAUUUCGGAGCGAUAACAGACCCGAGAUCCUGUUUCCAUACGAAUCAACAGCGUCGUCAUCGUCUCUUCGAUCAUCACUAGAACAUUAUCUCGAAGAUCAAUAGUCGCGCCUGUCUGCCGAUCAAGACCUUUACGAGUAUUGCAUUCUCAUAUUUGCUUUGUAGCCGCCUUCAAGGAAUUCAUUGAGCUCAACGAAUAGCAAUCA